AUGUCUGCAGGCUGCUCACAGCAGCAGCAGCAGCAGCAGCAGCAGCAGCAGCAGCAACAGCAGCAGCAGCAGCAGCAACUGUUGCCGCGACCGCAGCAGCAAGCGAUCUUCUCCCCUUUCUCUCAGCCCCCAGGCUAUAAAACAAGAAGAGAGAUAAACUACCAACACACGUUUGUCUGUCUCCUUUGUUGCUGUUUGGGGGCCCCUCCACCGCACUGGAAUCCCGCGGGGCCUCCUGCUGCAGCAGCAGCAGCAGCAGCAGCAGCAGCAACAGCAACAGCAGCAGCAGCAGCAACAGCAGCACGAAGGGCCUCUCCUUCGGUUGCACGGGAGACGCCUCAGAGGAGAGCUCCAGGGUUUCACCAGCAGCAGCAGCAGCAGCAACAACAGCAGCAGCAGCAGCAGCAGGAGCAGCAGCAGCAGGAGGAUAUCCAUCAACACCAGCAACAACUGCACCAGCAGCAGCAGGAGCAGCAGGAGCAGCAGCAGCAGGAGCAGCAGCAGCAGCAGCAGGAGGCGAUGCUUCUCCAGCAACAGAAGGAGGAGACAGCAGCAUGCGCCGGGACGGCGGGGAUCGGGAUCGUGUCGAUCCCGCCCCCAGCACGGGAGACGCCUCAGAGGAGAGCUCCAGGGUCUCACCAGCAGCAGCAGCAGCAGCAACAACAGCAGCAGCAGCAGCAGCAGCAGGAGCAGCAGCAGCAGGAGGAUAUCCAUCAACACCAGCAACAACUGCAACAGCAGAGCCUGCAGCAUCUGUGGGCUGACGAGAGCGAUGACCUCGACUCCCCCGCCUUCGAUCCCAUGGCCCCGGGAUCGUCUCCUCCCCCUCUCUCUCUCGGCAGAGCAGAGGUGCCCCCGCCCCCCAUCACCACUGAGGUGACCUUUGUCUCUCACGAGGCCCUCUGUGCUGCACUGGCGAUGAACGGGAGGCCCCUGCCCCGCAAGAGCGGCGGCAUGGGGGGGGGCCCCCGAGGAGACAGAGGGGCCCCCAGGGGCCCCCUCAUACUGAAGGUACAGCUGCCCCCCCCUGAUAGUAUCGAUGCUUGUUUCUCUAAGUUUCGUUCUGGGGGCCUAGGGGGCCCCUCAUCUGCUGCUGCUGCAGCAGGCUCACCUACUGCUGCUUCUGCUGCUGACGGCCACCGACGGGGCCCCGCUGCAGCAGCAGCAGCAGCAGGAGGAUCACCCCUCAACAGGGGCCCCUCAGGUGGGGGGGGCCCCCAGGGGGGCCCCCGCUCAGGCAACAUUGACAACAAGUGGAGAAAGAAGGGUAGAGCUGCAGAUGCAGCAGCAAACACCCCUGCUGCUGCUGCUGCUGCUGCUGCACCAGGAAGCAGCAAGGAGCAGCAGCAAGAACAAGCUACCCCCAGCAGCAGCAGCAGCAGCAGCAGCAGCAGCAGCAGCACCAAUGGAACAGCCCCUGCGCCGCCGCUUGUCAACCCCAAGGACCUCCUAAAGGAGCAGCUGAAGCCACAAGGUCUGAAGCUGAACCCAGCAAUCUUCGGUGAAGCAAAGCCACGGGAUGAGGCUGCUGUGCUGCAGCGGCUGCGGGAGAGCCGCGAGGGCGCGGGGAAGGGUUUGGGGCUGCAUGCGGCGAAGCUGCCGGUGCCGCCGCCGCCGCCGCCGCCGCCGCAACAGCAGCAACAGCAGCAGCAGCAGCAGCAGCAGCAGCAGCAGCAGCAGAUGCAGCAGAUGCAGAUGCCGCAGCAGAUGCCGCCGCAGCAGCAGCAGAUGCGAUGGAGAAGUAAUGUGCAGCAGACACAGCAGCAGCAGCAGCAGCAGCAGCAGCAGCAGCAGCAGCAGCAGCAGCAAAGACAAAACUCACCAGAUAAACAAAGACGCCGGCAAGACCCCCUUUGUGGGGCGAAGCCCAGGGAGGGUCUUCCUCUCAUAUCAUCUCAGGAGCAGCAGCAGCGAGCCUCUCUCUCCUUGAAGCCUCACCCCUCAGCAGCAGCAGCAGCAGCAGCAGAGGGGUUGCCGCUAAAGCCCCCCCCUCCUGCUGCAGCAGCAGCUGACUCGCCAGCAGCAGCUGAACGGCGGCCGGGGUCGGCUUGGGGGCCCCGCCUUUCUGCUGCUGCUGCUGCUGCUGCACCGCAGCAGCAAGAAGCAGCAUCGCCUCUACGCAGAGGCUGGAGAGGGGGCCAGGACAGCGCCAGCGGCAUCAACAGCAGCAGCAGCAGCAGCAACACCAGCAGCAGCAGCAGCAGUACUGCAGAUGCAGCAGGUGAUACAGCAGGAAAGAGCAGCAGCAGCAGCAGCAGCAGCAGCAGCAGGGGGAGCCUGGGGGGGGCCCAGCAGCAGCGCAGCAGACCGCAAGUAAGGGAAGUGUGUGCGGUGUCUGGGUCCGGCGAAGCAGCAGCAGGACCGGGAGAGCAGCAGCAGCAGCAGCAGCAGCAGCAGCAGCAGCAGCAGCAGAAGCAAGCAGGGUCUUCUGGUGCUGCAGCAGCAGGGGCGCUGCGGGCGGGGCCCCUAGCCUCUCAGCUGUUCCCAGCGCGAGCAGCAAAGCAGCAGGAAGGGGAUGAGGAGGAGCAGCAGCAGCAGCAGCAGCAGCAGCAGGGGAGGAAGACAAAGCCUAGACAGGCGUGGCAGACUAGAGCUGAGGGGCCGGCUGAUGGCUGCGGAGCGCAGCAGCAGGAGCAGCAGCAGCCGCAGCAGCAGCAGCCGCAGCAGCAGCAGCUGGCCGAAGGGGGCGCAGCACAGCAGGGGCCCUCUGAGGAGCCACCUAACGGGGCGAGGCAGCCGCAGCUGCAGCAGCAGCAGCAUCUUCCCAAGCAGCAGCAGCAGCAGCAGCAGCAGCAACAGCACCAGCCGCCACUGCCGCAGCAGCAACAGCAACAGCAGGUGCCACCGCCGCCGCCACCACCGCAGCAGCAGCAGCAGCAGCAGCAGCAGCAGCAACACCACGGCCACCGAGGCGGAGGGGGCCGAGAUGACUGGCGCGGGAGCAGGGGGGCCCCCCGUUGGGGGCCCCCUGCGUCUGCUGGCGGCGGUAUAUUCCAGCGGAGGCCUUCAAAGGACGAGCAACGCCCUGCUGCUGGAUCAGCAGCUGCAGCACCCGGGACCAACAGCAGCAGCAACAGCCUGAAUACGCGCAGUGAUCAGCAGCUGCAGCACCCGGGACCAACAGCAGCAGCAACAGCCUGA